AUGGUACAGAGACAACCAGUUAAUACUAGUGUAAUUCUACUGUUCUUACGGGUUCCAAGAAAUAAUAUCAAAACCUCGCAUAUUAGCUUUGUUCGUUCUAUUUCUAAUAAGGAUGAUAGUGAUAGUGAAAAUGUUCUAUUAGCAGAUGCUUUGAACCUUUUGAGCCCCAGGACAGAAGUAAGGAAUACUAUCAACUAUAGACCAUCGUUAUUCACAAAUUUGAUUGCAAAGGAUUCGCUGACUGAUGAAAAAAUAGAACCAUAUUUGAAUUAUACACUUCCCAAUUCAGAUACGAAAAGACAUCUAGAUCAAUUAUUGGCUGGCCUCAAUAUAGCAUCACAAACAAGUGACUCUUUAGCCAAAUCAAAUUAUCACCUUUUGACUAGUUCAUACAAGGACUUACGGAAAUAUGUAAACAGUAUUGAUAAUGAAAGAAGUUUAAUAGAAUUGGUUAAGUUAUUCUACUCGCAGAACGAAUUAAGUUCAAGACUAAUGACAGAUGUGUUAUUAAAUAAGCAUUUUGUCAAUUUAAAUAAAUUGCCGUUUGACAUCAACAACAUGAACCCAAAAGACUUCAAAAACUGGCAAGAAAUCAAUUUCAUUCAAAUCAAGGUGGUCCUAUUGAAGAAAUACUAUGACUUGAAGAAACCGUUACUCAUAAUAAAGAAUUUAAAAGAAAAUUUCAUGCAAGUUUAUUUGCCCAUGAUACGGCUUGGUGAAUUAACUCCAUUUUACGAGAGAAUUAUAUGGAAGUUUUACUUUGAAUAUAUCCUGCCACUUAAACUAGACAUUUCCCACAAUGAGGCUUACUUCAUUAAAUUAUUAAACAGCAUCAAAUCAACCUUCAUUAUAUGGGAAUCCUCGUUGAUGAACAAUGGAGAAAUAACUAAAUUUGCAUUGAAGUAUCAUGAGUCAGACUUAACUUCAUUGCAAAAGUCAUUUUUGAAGUUGUGCUCAAUCAAGCUAACUCAGAAUAUUAUCACUUCAGAGCUUAGUCAAUACAAAGAAUAUCCUAAGUCUAAAUUGUUAUCUUUGUUGAAGAAGUUGUCAAUCAAGCACAAAAUAUACUCAUUUACAACUACGAGGGCAACUCUUUCAAUCGAGACUAAAUCCAAUUUUUAUGCAUUAAUACAUACGUUAGAAAAGUUGAUUUUAGAUGAGUUGGCAUCGGUACAGAGUAUAUCAAGUCCUGAAGAUCAAUUAGAAUUGACAAAAGUUUUAAAAGAGAUCAAGGAUUUCAAGGAGAGUGAAUUAAUGAAAUUGGACAAUAGUAGUGAAAUUGAACGGAAUGAAUCAUUGCUUGGGGGACGUGAUUGGGAUAGGUUUUUUCUGAUAAUGGACAGAUGGCAUAAAAAAUUAGACUAG